AUGUCUGAUGUAUUGAAUAAUAAUAAAAAUGAUGUUGAUAACCAGCUGGCUGAGGACAAAGUUAAAGUUGGGGAAGAUGAUGAAAUAAAUAGCUAUGGUGAUAAACAUUACACAACAACUACCACCCCAACAACACCAACCAAACCUACAAAAAGUCCCACCAAAUCAAUAUCGGCCAAAAAGAAAGUGAAAGCACAGGCUGCAUACACGAAGUCGAGUGGUCGUGUUGUUUACACUGGUAGUCGAACAUUAUAUACUGCAGGUCGACCACCUUGGUAUGAUUCACAGGGUCAACUCAAAAAACCUUUUGUUAUAGGAAUAUGUGGCGGCAGCGCCUCAGGAAAAACUACAGCUUCGAGAAAAAUAAUAGAAGCUUUAGAUGUACCGUGGGUCAGCUUACUGAGUAUGGACUCUUUUUAUAAGGUUUUAAAUAAAGAGCAACAUGAACAAGCCGCGAGAAAUGAAUAUAAUUUUGAUCAUCCGGACGCCUUUGAUUUUAAACUUUUAAUAGCCACGUUAAAAAGAUUAAAAGAAGGGAAGAUCGUGAAAGUUCCUGUUUAUAAUUUUAAUACUCACGGCCGAGAACCUGCAGAUAAAACAAUAUAUGGAGCUAAUGUGGUGAUAUUUGAAGGAAUUAUGAUAUUCUAUAGUAAAGAAUUAUUAAACUUGAUGGAUAUGAAGAUAUUUAUAGACACAGAUUCUGAUGUCCGACUAGCGAGACGAUUAAAACGUGAUAUAUCAGAUCGAGGCCGAGAUCUCGGUGGAGUAUUACAUCAAUAUAAUAAAUUUGUUAAACCAGCGUUUGAACAUUAUAUAGAGCCCACCAUGUCAGUGGCAGAUAUUAUAGUUCCUAGAGGUGGAGAAAAUGACGUGGCUAUUAAUCUUAUAGUCAUGCAUGUACAUACACAAUUACAAAAUAGAGGGUUUAAAUUACGUUCUAAGUUAGCGAAUGCAGCAUGUAACGGGGAACCUACCCCUAGUAGUCUGUAUGUUCUAGAACAAACUUCACAAAUAAAGGGUCUUCAUACUUUUAUCAGGAAUAAAGAUACGGCUCGAGAUGAAUUUAUUUUUUAUUCCCAAAGACUAAUGAGGUUGUUGUUUGAAUACGCCAUGUCCAUGAUUCCAUUUAAGUCUGUCCGAAUUGAAACACCUCAAAAUGUUCCGUAUGAAGGUAAACGUCUGACUAAUAUAAAGAUAUGUGGAGUAUCAAUAUUAAGGGCCGGAGAAACCAUGGAACCUGCGCUAUGUGCUGUGUGUAAAAAUAUUCAAAUUGGUAAAAUAUUGAUUCAAACUAACUUAGAUACAGGGGAACCAGAGCUGCAUUAUUUACGUCUACCUAAAGAUAUAAAGGAACAAUAUGUGAUGUUAUUGGAUGCUACCGUAGCAACAGGUGCUGCUGCUAUCAUGGCUAUCAGAGUAUUAUUAGAUCAUGAUGUAAAAGAAGAUCAUAUUACUCUCUGUUCUUUAUUAAUGGCUGAAUCAGGUGUUCAUUCGGUAGCAUACGCUUUCCCGAAAGUAAAAAUAGUUACUACAGCUGUUGAUAAAGAAGUGAACGAGAAAUUCCAUAUUUUACCAGGGAUAGAGAUAUUUUUUAGGUUUCCUUAA